AUGGGCUUUGCCAUCCCUCAGGCAUCCAUACCAGGUCUUGGUGAAUUCCUACUCAGCUUAAAGCCAUCUGAUGAACCACAGAGUGCUAUAAUUAAAGCUGUGUGGGAGAAUUUCUUUGACUGCAGCUUCUCUCCUUCAAAUACAUCCGCUAUCUGCACUGGCACAGAGGAUCUCCGGACAGUUUCCAGUGACUACACAGAUGUGACAGAUUUCAGGGCUGAGAAUAAUGUUUACAAAGCUGUGUAUGUGGUGGCAUAUGCAAUUCAUGCAUUAUUGCAAUGUGAAAAUGGAUCAAAUCCAACCACGGGAAAGCCCUGUGUGAACAAGACCGAAGUUAAGCCUAAGCUGGUGUUGGAACACCUAAAGUAUGUGAACUUCACAACAGAGAGUGGGGCCAAAGUUUUCUUUGAUGGAAAUGGAGACUCAGUUGUCCAGUAUGACUUAGUGAACUGGCAGAUGAAAGAUGAUGGCUCAGUUGAAAUUGUAAAUAUCGGCCAGUAUGAUGACUCCUUUCCAGAGGGGGAAAAAUUCAAACUAAAAGACAACACCAAAAUAGUUUGGGGAGGAAACAGGAAUGAGGUGCUGAGGUCUGUCUGCAGAGAGCCGUGCCCACUAGGGACUCGUAAGGCCAUAAAUAAGCUUAAGCCUGUGUGCUGUUUUGACUGCUUUGAGUGCCCUGAGGGAACAAUAAGUAACCAGACAAAUUCCUUGGACUGUUUGAUCUGUCCACCUGAAUUUUGGCCAAAUGAAAAGAAAGAUCAGUGCCUUCCAAAACCUACUGAAUACCUUUCCUAUAAAGAGAUCAUGGGGGCACUUUUAACUGGAUUUGGCUGUGCUGGUGUAUUUUUAUCUCUUCUGACAUCAGUCAUUUUUCUGGUUCACAAAGAGACUCCCAUUGUAAAAGCCAACAACUCUGAACUGAGCUUUCUGCUGCUUUUCUCAUUAAAACUGUGUUUCCUGUGUUCUCUGACCUUCAUCGGUCGGCCCUCUGAGUGGUCCUGCAUGCUGCGACACACAGCAUUUGGCAUCACCUUUGUCCUCUGUAUCUCAUGUGUCCUGGGGAAAACAAUAGUGGUGUUGAUGGCCUUCAGAGCCACACUUCCAGGCAGUAAUGUGAUGAAAUGGUUUGGUCCUACACAACAGAGACUUAGUGUUCUGACUUUUACUCUCAUUCAGGUUGUGAUUUGUAUACUUUGGCUAACAAUCAACCCUCCAUUCCCGAGGAUGAACAUGAAGUACUAUAAAGAGAAAAUAAUCUUAGAGUGCGCCCUGGGUUCAGCUGUUGGAUUCUGGGCUGUGUUAAGUUAUAUUGGAUUUCUUGCUCUCUUGUGCUUUGUACUUGCUUUUCUUGCCAGGAAGCUGCCAGAUAGCUUUAAUGAAGCCAAACUGAUCACGUUCAGCAUGCUGAUAUUCUGUGCAGUCUGGAUCACAUUUAUCCCAGCGUAUGUGAGUUCUCCUGGAAAGUUCACUGUAGCUGUGGAGAUUUUUGCCAUUUUGGCCUCCAGUUUUGGUUUGCUGAUAUGCAUUUUUUUACCAAAAUGUUAUAUUAUUAUCUUCAGACCAGAACGAAACUCUAAAAAACAUUUGAUGGGUAAAAUACCCACAAGAACUCUUUAAUUUGGUACUUAAAUGUUAAUAGCCUUAGAGUAACAAAAAUACAACAAUUUUGCUGCAUUGUCUGGCAGUUAUUGCAGAACCACCAGACGCUUUUGUAAUUCAUGACCUUUAGUUGUUGUAAUGUGCUGAAUAAAGUGAAAACAGUGACUCACAUUUUUUUUCUUAUUUGUAUUUGAUCAUAGAUUCCGUUGACUAAAUAUGAUAGGCAACACACAAUUUUCUCCAGUAGAUUAAGCAGUAAUUAAUUAACUUUCUAGUGUAGCCACUAAGCAGCCCAAAGUAGAAGAUGUUUACAGGGUGCAAACGCAAGAAUUAAGGAUUGUUCAGGGAUAUACAGUACUAUUUCUACAGUGUACUGCACUUAAAAUUUAAAUACACUGAAUAUUCCUUCACUCAGUU